CGGAAUGUCUGGAAGAAGACAGGGAUAGAGUCAUAUGCAGGGAGGGGUAUCCGUGGUCAGUGCAUGCUAAUUUUUCUUUCCUUAGUGGAGGUGGGAAAAUGGAGGGCUGUUGGGUGGAGCUUGGAAUGGUAGGAGAAGGAAAAAUGAGAAAACUGCAAAGCUCUCACGAGAUCAAGAAGGGCGAGAAAUGGGGAAUAAAAAAUGCAAGAGACCAGGCGGGUAGAUACAUUAAGGGAAUAGAAGAAGUUUGAAAAUGCUUGGUGGUGAUGGAGGACUGGGGAGACCCGGGGAUAAGAGGAGCCCCUGAGAGCCUGGGGGCUUGUUCUCCUUGAAUUUGAGUUGUUUAUAUGGCAGAGAAACUAAAAUUUUUUUUCUCCACCUUUGGCUGAAAUUGCUUAUCUCCUCUCCUGUGCAUAUUUUACUUUACCUUGACAUAUCUGAAGGGAAGAAUAGAGAACAUAAGGGAGGAUGGAAGACUUCCAUUCUUAAGCCCAUCGACCUCCUAACAGUCUCCACAAGCCCAGACCCAAGAUAUUUUGGAGAGCGGGAGUAAUGAAAUAGCAGAGGCAGCAGGCCGUGCCGGGGGGGCAUGUUGCUGUAACCAGUGGCCCAGGGGAUGUUACGGUGGACAGUGCACCUGGAGGGCGGGCCCCGCAGGGUGAACCAUGCUGCAGUGGCUGUCGGGCAUCGGGUAUACUCCUUCGGGGGUUACUGCUCUGGUGAAGACUAUGAGACACUGCGUCAGAUAGAUGUGCACAUUUUCAAUGCAGUGUCCUUGCGUUGGACAAAGCUGCCCCCAGUGAAGUCUGCCAUCCGUGGGCAAGCUCCUGUGGUACCCUACAUGCGCUAUGGACACUCAACCGUCCUCAUCGACGACACGGUUCUCCUUUGGGGCGGGCGGAAUGACACCGAAGGGGCCUGCAAUGUGCUCUAUGCCUUUGACGUCAAUACGCACAAGUGGUUCACACCCCGAGUGUCAGGGACAGUUCCUGGGGCCCGGGAUGGACAUUCAGCCUGUGUUCUAGGCAAGAUCAUGUACAUUUUUGGGGGCUACGAGCAGCAGGCGGACUGCUUUUCCAAUGACAUUCACAAGCUAGAUACCAGCACCAUGACAUGGACUCUUAUCUGUACAAAGGGCAACCCUGCACGCUGGAGGGACUUCCACUCAGCCACAAUGCUGGGAAGUCACAUGUAUGUCUUUGGGGGCCGUGCCGACCGCUUUGGGCCAUUCCAUUCCAACAAUGAGAUUUACUGCAACCGCAUUCGAGUCUUUGACACCAGAACUGAGGCUUGGCUGGACUGUCCCCCUACUCCAGUGCUGCCUGAGGGGCGCCGGAGCCACUCGGCCUUUGGCUACAAUGGGGAGCUGUACAUCUUUGGUGGUUAUAAUGCAAGGCUGAACCGGCACUUCCAUGACCUCUGGAAGUUUAAUCCUGUGUCCUUUACCUGGAAAAAGAUUGAACCGAAGGGGAAGGGGCCAUGUCCCCGCCGGCGCCAGUGCUGCUGUAUUGUUGGUGACAAGAUUGUCCUCUUUGGGGGUACCAGUCCAUCUCCUGAGGAAGGCCUGGGAGAUGAAUUUGACCUUAUAGAUCAUUCUGACUUACACAUUUUGGACUUUAGCCCUAGUCUGAAGACUCUGUGCAAACUGGCCGUGAUUCAGUAUAACCUAGACCAGUCCUGUUUGCCUCAUGAUAUCAGGUGGGAGCUGAAUGCCAUGACCACCAACAGCAAUAUCAGUCGCCCCAUCGUCUCCUCCCAUGGGUAGGAGGAAGUUUCUGCCACCUCCCCUCCUGAGCCUGCUGUCAUCUUCACUGCCCCUGCCCAUCUGUCACCCACCUGCUCCUUUGACCCCUGGACUUGGUAUACCUCCAUGUGGAGUUGUUGGGCGAGAGGUGUUCUCUGUGCUGUGAAUUCAGUGGGGAGCUGUAGCGGGGUGGGGGCCAGGUUCCUCCCCCCUUGGGCCGAGGGCCCCUUCCCCUUGGUGCUCUGUCCCCAUCCACCUCCUUUCAGCUGCUCCUGGGCCUCAGCUCUGCCCAGGGCCAGCCAGGUUCUGCUGGGAAGGGAAGGGAAUGGGGAGAAGGGAGAAGCAAGCAGUGUCUGAGCCUCAGGAGCUUCCCCCUCCCCCUUUGCCUAUCCCCUCCCCUCUGCUUGAGCCUUGAGCCUUGACUGGGAGCUGAAAGGAGUUGCAGCUGUUGGCAUGAGACCUCCUCCUUCCCGUCUUGGGGAGGUGGGGACCAGCAGAUAAAUCCCACCCUUCCUUGAGCUGUCGCUGUACCCUGAAGUUCAGCCAGCUCAGAUUUUAUAAAAAUUAAUUAAAAUCUCCAAA